AGGCGAGCAGGGACCUCCCUCCACCUUGUCUCGCAUUCGUCCACAGGAGCGACCCAGGUCAUCCGUUUGAUUAGUUAGUUAAUCCUCAACCACAGAUUACUUCUUGCUAGAUUUCAAAGGCUUGGCCACAAUGUUUCUGUAUUUCUUAGUUUAAAAUGAGUUUAAAGGACGUCUGUAAAUAAUAUGUAUCGAUAAGUAUCUGUACAAAAUGGAAAGCAAGCUAUUUCUGGUUAGCCAGCUGGGGUAUUUAUCUACCAAAUUUACCUUGCCGUUAAUCUCUAAUUUGAAAUACUUUUGUGAACCAAAACCUUUUUCUGUGGAUUUUCACUGGAUGGGAUUUUAGUCGCAGUUCUUGCACAGCAAGCACGAAAUGUCCUUCAAAUUCAGACCUGUGCACAGCCAACUGGGCUGGACUAACUGAUUAAACAAACUGUAUUUUAGUAUAUCUUUCAGUCAUCUCUCACACCAGCUCUUUAAGCCAUUUUCACAGGCUCACAAAGUAAAAUUAACUUGGUCUUCGCCUGCCGUCUAGGCUUGCUCAACUUUUGUAGGAAUUGGUGUCAAGAUAAAAUGGUAUGUAGUGACAGCAUUAGAGAGACUUGGAAAAGGGCUUGAAUGAUUAAACUGGAUUUAAUCCUGAGUAACCAGACAUUUCUAAAUAAAACCAAUUCACUAAUUAGCUGUAAGCCUGUAACCCCCACCAAAACAUUUCUUUAACAUUGAAUGAGGUGUGAUCUCAGCAUGUGAGUCUUACUGAAUGAUCUUUGAUUUGAUUUCAUGCCACAAAGAAUUAAAGCUGCCAAAUAUAUAGGAUUGGAAUAAUCCUUUUGUGGAUAUUUUUAAGUUACUUUGAAGUAGGAGGAGCCCUGGCACAGUGGUUAAGAGCUUGGCUGCUAACCAGAAGGUUGGCAGUUUGAAUCCAUCAGCUCCUUGGAAACCCAGUGGGGCAGUUGUGCUCAGUCCUAUAGGGUCGCUAUGAGUCGGAAUUGAUUGGACAGCAACGGGUCUGGUUUUUGAUUUUGAAGUAGGAAGUUCAGCUAGUAGCAGUAGUACACUCUGGUGUUUUUGUUUGUUUUAGUUGGACUUUGAUCAUUUUGAUGUAGGUAACCUUUAAACUACAAAUUUUUGAAGUGAUCAGAAUUGAGAGUGAACUUAAGAAAUAUAUUAUUGUGUUUUCAUGUUACAGUUUGAUGACAGGACCAAUACUUAAGGUACAGCAGACUCUAUCAAGGGGGGCUGGGGUCAGUGGGAGCCACGCUCCUCCCACCCAGGCAAUAAGGGACUCCAUUGUCUGUAGAUAAUUGAAAAACAAUAACAAAACUUAGUAUGUCUGCUUUUAUUAUCACUGUGCAUCCACAAUUGUCAGCAGUGUCAGUGAUAAAAUUCUAAGCAAUGUGAGUGAGAAAAUACUCCCUUUCACUGCCCAUCCCAACACUGUUGUAUUUGGUAGAUGGAAUUUGACUAACAGUGUAUCUAAAUGUAAUCCUGUGACUGCUGUUUUUGGGAGACAGAAUUUGACUAACAAUGUAUCUAAAUGUAAUCCUGUGUAGUGUACUAGGGUUCUGUUGUAUCCAAAUGACCACUAUAUUAAAUUCCUUUUUUUCCCCCAGGAUUUAUUUGUAAAAUUAACUCGUUUAUAUUAACAUUUAUUGAAUUAUUUUUGACAAGGAAAUAUGAGGUCUACAUCUUGAACAGGUACUGCACAUGUACGUAUAUGCAUAUGCAUUUCUCAGAUAAGAUCUUGACAUUUCUAGAGGACAAAUUAAGUGGUAAAAGAAAGAUUAACUUUGAAAAAGUUAUAGAUUACAUAGAAUUGAUUCUCAGAUGUCUCUGCUUUUUGCAUUAUUUGAUAGAUAAUUUAAUCUAUCUUUGCUUUUGUUACUCUGUAUAAAUCUGUACUGGGUCCCCUCUUUUAUUGGUUGUUAUAUAUCAGGUGUUAUCAGCUAAUUUUUACAUCACCAUAAUUUGAAUGGUAAACCUGCCAUUUGGAGAAGUAGUGAAGAAAACAGAUACAUGUCUCCUGAAAUGGAGUAUUAAUUGGUAAUUUUUUAAUACCACAUUUUUGCAGAUAAUUGAGUUAAUGACAUUUUAAAAAUUUUGUGUUUUUUUAAAAAAUAAAUGGAUAUAUACUUUUGGAUAUUUGGUAAUAUAGUACUGAUUCUUUUUUAUUAAAUGUUUUUCAUAGAUUACACACACUCUGCUUGCAGGAAUACUUAUCAGGGCUUUAAUGGAAUGGAUCGUGAUUAUGGCCCUGGAUCUUAUGGAGGUCUGGCAUUCAAGGAUAUUUAUCUAAAAAUUCUUCUUUUGAAUGCCAGUAGAGCCUGCGCCUGUAGGCUCUCGGGGGAGAGGAACGCCUGCUUAUCCUGAAAAUACGUUUGGAAGCAGAAACUAUGAUGCUUUUGGAGGACCAUCAACAGGCAGAGGCCGAGGCCGAGGACAUAUGGGAGAUUUUGGAAACGUUCAUAGACCUGGAAUUGUUAUUGACUAUCAAAACAAACCCACCAAUGUGGCAGUUGCUGCUGCAAGAGGAAUAAAGAGAAAAAUGAUACAACCAUUUAAUAAGCCCGGUGGAACCUUUAUCAAGAAGCCCAAGCUAACAAAACCUGUGGAGAAGACGAACCUCAGCAAAUCACCCACAAAAACUGAUUCUAAAAUGGAAGAAAAAGAAAAACGACGAAUUGAGGCUCGACGAGAGAAACAAAGGCGGAGAAGAGAAAAAAAUAAUGAGAAAUACGGAGAUGGAUACAGAACGGCAUUCACAUGUUCAUUUUGUAAAUUUCGAACGUUUGAAGAAAAAGAUAUUGAACUGCAUCUGGAAAGUUCUUCACACCAGGCAACAUUAGAUCAUAUUCAGAAACAAACCAAAUUUGACAAAGUAGUUAUGGAUUUUUUGCAUGAAUGUAUGGUGAAUAAAUUCAAGAGAACAUCUAUCCGUAAACAACAGACAAAUAGUCUAACAGAAGCAGGCAAGAUAAUUGAUAAAGAUGCUAUGGAAGGUGUUACUGCAGAUGAUCACAUGAUGAAAGUAGAGACUAUUCACUGCAAUGCCUGCAGCGUGUAUAUCCCUGCUUUACAUAGUUUAAUUCAACAGCACUUAAAAUCUCCUGAUCAUAUCAAAGCAAAGCAGGCUUAUAAGGAACAAAUUAAAAGAGAGAGCGUCUUGACUGCUACAAGCAUUUUAAAUAAUCCAAUAGUGAAGGCGCGAUAUGAACGUUUUGUUAAGGGUGAGAAUCCUUUUGAAAUUCAAGAUCAUUCUCAGGAUCAGCUAAUAGAAGGAGAUGAGGAAGAAGAAGAAAAGAUCGAUGAAGCUAUUGAAGAAGAGGAUGAUGAAGAUGAGGAAGAAGAAGAAGAAGUGGAGGAAGUAGAGGAAGUGGAAGAAGUAGAGGAAGUUGAAGGAGUAGAAGGAGGGAGGGAUAUAGAGGGAGUGGGGGAGGUAGAGGGAGCUGGAGAGGUAGGGGGAGCCAGGGAAGAUGGGGGAGCCGAGGAACUAGGGGGAACUGGAGAAGUAGGGGAAGGUGAAGAAGUAGAGGAAGCUGCUGGGGAGGUAGGGGGAGCAGGAGAAGUAGGGGAAGUAGAGGCAGUAAGGGAAGAAGCAGAAGAAGAAGCAAAGGAAGAGCCUGUCAACUUCUCUGUUGACCAGCCUGAAGAAAAUUAAAUAUAUUAGAUUUAAAUGGAGCUUUAAGUUUCUUUUGUGUUCUAAUGUGGAAAAGAGUUAAGAAUUUUAAUUUUAAUAGCUUAAAAUGAGUCGACACCCAUAUUGCAUGCAUUCCACACAUUAAAAUUUGUUUUAUAUAAUUUCUAAAUAUUUGGCAUUAGUUUAAUAAAAUAAAGGUAGGACAAUUUUAGUUUGAUUUUUUAUAGCUAUAAAACUUAGAUCUGAAUAAUCGUUUAUAUAAUUUUUAAGCUUAAUUUUGAUUGUUGGUGUUAAGGAUAAUGGAUGUGUAUUGUUAGUAUAUCUAUUCUAAUCAUUUGAACUUAAAUGCUGCUCUUGGGAGUAAAUAUUCAAGUGUGCAUUAAUGUUUUGAAUACUUAGCCUAGAAGAGAUAAAUUGGGCAAGUAUUUUGUGCUCUGUGUAUUUUUUUACUGCGUUGGACAUUGAAUAGUAAUUUGCGUUAAGAUACGCUUAAAGGCUUUUUGUGACCACGUUUCCCUUUGUAGCAAUAAAAUGUUUUUUACAAAAACUUUCUUCCUGGAUUAGCAAUUUUAAAUGAAACAAGUUCAACAGUUGAAUGAGUAUUAAAAAGAAUUAUUUCUCUCUUCUCUCUUACGUUUUAUGGCGCAUAUGCUUACAUACUCAGAAAAGAGAAGAUGAGAUUGAUAGAUGGUCUAUUCUUAAGUCAUUUAUUUUCAGAUGACCAUCCAACUAUGUCACUGAAAAGCAGUGCUCUUUAUUUCUUUAAACCUUUACUCUGGCCAAGGUGUGGUUGACCUUUUGAGAGGGAGACUAUUUCAAUGAAAAUUAGCUUCUUAAAAACUUGGAUCGGUAUAUGGAUAUAUUAAGUAAUUUUAAGAUAUUAAAUGGAUGAAUAUAGGCAUUUAUCGAAUUUCAAAGAUAGUUUCUCUUUUUGCAUACAAGGCUUUUAAAACUAGUUUUUCAAGUCUAAUAAGGGUUUAUUGUGGUUGGCUAGGUUUGUUUUAAGCUGAGAAAAUCCAGUAGGCACUUAAAUUCAGUUAAAGGGAUUUGGAGCCAAAAAGCACAAGGUUAGUUGAAAACUAGAGAUAUUUAGAGCCUAUCUAGGAGUCUCUGUUUAUUUAAAUUGGCUUCAGAAAGUCUCUUUGCCCAGGAAGUUCAAAUUUUAGGGAUAGUAGGACUUGCUCAGCCCUCUUGUUUCUGCCUUUAUUUUAAAAUAUUUGUGGAAGGGCUAAGGUAACAGAAUAAUAGAUCCCUUUGGGUUAGAAGGGAGCCCUGUAGACACAGUGGUUAAAGCAGUCAGCUGCUAAACAAAAGGUCAGCAGUUUGAGCCCACCAGCCUGCUCUGUGGCUUUCGUACUUGGAAACCCUGUGGGGCAGUUCUGCUCUGUCUUAUAGGGUCGCUGUGAGUCGGAAUCGACUUGACAGAAGUUUGAUUGGGUUAGAUUAGAAUUUGAUUCUUUUGACACUAAGUAGGGUGUAUAUAUAUUUUUUGUUACUGUUUUUAAGCGUCUAAUAAUCUGUUUAAGAUGCUAAACUUUUGAAAAGAAUCCUGUAGAACAAUCUGUAACAACUGCUGAGUAAACGUUUUAGAAUGAGAGAGGUAGGAAAGAACAUUUAAGUAGUAACUUUAGUGGAUUCUUUUUUCAGAGUCUCUAUGAAAAAAAAGUAAAACCUUUUAUACCUUUUAUUAGUAAAGUGAAUUUUGUUGUUUAUCUUGCUGGAUAAUUUGCAGAUGGGCCGUUUAGUUUGCAGGCAGAUUAAUUUUUGGGAUCCUUAGUGUUUAUGUUCUCAAUGUUUUGUAAUAAGGACUUAAUGUAAGAUCUUUAAUUACCUUCAACUUCUUUUAUCUAAAUAUUAUUUAUUUAUUAAAAAGCUAAACAUACAGUUCUAAUAAA